AAAAGCCUCAAAAUAGGAAACCGUUUAUUUUCCUUUUCUUCUUCUCCUCCGAUCCCUAACUGUUUCCCUGAGAGUGAGAGGAACCCUCCACUCCUCUCCUGAGUCUCCUUGCCUUGAGUUUUGGCUUUUAGGGUUUCAGAUCCAAAAGAAAAAUUUGACACUUUUUAUUCACAUAUCUAACAGUAAUGUCGCACAAAUCACCUGCGGCUUACGGCUCCUCCUCCACCACCACCACCACCACCACACAACCACCACCCUCAUCGCCGACGUCCCUGACCUUCAUAUCACGCGCCACGCACGCAACCCGAACUAUAAUAGCCACCCGCCGGCCAUGGACCGAGCUCUUCAUCCCAAUCUCCUCCUUCUCCCUCCCAUACUCCUAUCAGGACGCCAUGUCGCGCGUCAGACGGAACCUCUACCACUUCCGGGCCAACUACACCAUGGCCGUGCUCUUCGUCCUCUUCCUCAGCCUCCUCUGGCACCCGGUCUCCAUGAUCGUCUUCCUCAUCGUCUUCGUCGCUUGGCUCUCCCUCUACUUCGGUAGAGACGCCCCGCUCGUCCUCUUCGGGCAGAACUUGGACGACAGGGUCGUGCUCGCUGCGCUGGGCUUUGUUACUGUGAUCGCAUUGGUGUUGACCGAUGUGGGGUUGAACGUGUUGGUGGCUCUUAUUGUUGGGGUCGUUGUUGUGGGGUUGCACGCAGCGUUUCGGAGCACGGAGGAAUUGUUUCUUGACGAGGAGAGCGCUGUGGAAGGUGGGUUGGUCUCGGUUGUGGGCACUAAUCAGCCACUGAGGAGCUCGUAUACCCGGAUUUGAGUUCUUCUCUGUUGUCAUUCAUGAAUUUUUGACGGUUUCAAAACUGGUAAUCGUCUUUUUAAGGCCUGAUUUCUGGUGGGUAUUGCGCUAAAAGACCGUUUCACAGCGGUAAAUGGUUUUCUGGGGUUUGAUUUCUAGUGGGUAUAUUCCGCUAAUUGUCUUUCUAGGGGCACUUGUGGUGUUGUUUGCGAGGAGAUGGGGUUCUCUGCGCACUAUGGGGUUGAUUUAUAUAUGUUGCUAUUGGGAACAGAUUGUACUAUUGUUGAUAUUGAUUUUGCGCUUGAGAUGAUCUUUUCUCCAACUUGGUUCCUAAUUGUAAUGGAGUAUUUUGGUUUGA